UGCGCCGCCGAGGAGUUGUUGAAAAGCAGCCGGCGGCGGAGACGUGCUCACAUUCCUCCGCCGCCGCUCGCUUCCCCUCGCUCGCUCGCUCGUCGCCUCCUCCGGGCAAGCGGCACCAGACGGCGCCGCGCGUCGCCAGCGCCGACUCGCUCCACUUUCACCACUUUUCCUUCCUUUUGGACGAGUUUCCAUUUUCAGCCAAACGCGAGAUGGCCUCCAGCGGAACCAUUUUACCUUCAUUCUCCACUUUUUCCACGCAGAAGGAAGAAGUCUGGAGGGGACCCCGAAAAGACGACGAGGACCCGGACACCUUCCUGGACUUGGACUUUAUCCUGGCCCACAGCGUCAUCAGCGCAGACACGGCCGCGGCCGCCUCGUACCGGAGUCCGGACGGCGGGGCUCCCGGGUACCGUCGGCAGGACUACGCAUCCCCCCCUCACCCCCCGCCGCCGUACAGCAGCCUGAUGGCCGAACUGCUGCAGUGCGACGCGGACGUCGACGGCUUCCGGGCCGGGGCUUCGGGCUCCGGAGUCCAGGGCCGCUUCUUCGUCAGCUCGUCGGCUUUCCGGGACUCCUCGGGACCUUCUCUCGACUCGGGACGUUGCUUCUCAGACUCCUUCCCGGACCACCCGUGCAUCAAACCGGAGCCCGACUCCUACGGGCCCCCGGUGGGCGCCGUGCCGCAGACCUUCGACGAGGUGAAGCAGGAGGGCGGCGUGACGUCGUGCGCCCUCUCGCACCCGCAGCCCCGCCUGGCUAGCUCGCCCACGCGAGGCGCCGGAAACCUGACGCCGCCCCUCAGCCCCGACGACAUCGCGAACUUCCCGCAGAGCUUCAACCACCAGCACCGGCACCUUCAGCUUCAGUUUUCCUCCGGGGCGCACUGCCACUUUCCCGCCUUGUACGCGCAGCCGCAACAGCCGCAGUCCGGCGGGCGGCGCCUGCUGCCGACACCGCCGUCGUCGCCGCUGGACUCGAUGGACGGCAAGCCCCGGCGAGGGCGGCGCACCUGGCCCCGCAAGCGCACCGCCGCCCACACGUGCACCUACGACGGAUGCGGCAAGACGUACACCAAGAGCUCGCACCUCAAGGCGCACCACAGGACGCAUACGGGAGAGAAACCCUACCACUGCACGUGGGAAGGUUGCGGCUGGAAGUUCGCCCGCUCCGACGAGCUGACGCGCCACUUCCGCAAGCACACCGGGCACCGGCCCUUCCGGUGCCACCUGUGCGAGCGCGCCUUCUCCCGCUCCGACCACCUGGCCCUGCACAUGAAGAGACACAUGUGAUGCGCGCCUUGCUCGGGCGGACGGCGCAACGAAUACAUAUUUAAUAGAGCGUUGUCCUGAAUGAAAAAGUGUAACAGAUGACAAGUCAGCAGCACGUGAUGCCGGAGGGAGCUGGCACUCCUCCGACAUUGCGUCUGUGGACGCAAAGGCGACAACGACAACGUUUUGGUGCAGAACUGCUCUUCAUGCGCCCCCACAAGGACACAAAACCCAAGAAGAAGACUACGACGACGACAACGUUUUCUCGCAAAACUGCUUUUCACGCAGCGUGACGGCGCCCUCUCGUGGACACAAAAGGCUUGUCUGUACGCUAUAUACAAAGAGAAAAUCUAAAUGCUAAUAUUUUUAUGUAUAUAAUUAAACUGAUCAUCAAACAUCGAA